AUGUGUAUCCGAGGAUUGUGGAGUGGAGCUGUGAAUGCAGAGUGCGAGCGACUAAAUUUCACAGCGCGGGGUGCCUUCGGAGAGCAAGAAAUCGAACACGCAUUAGCAGUACCCCCAUUAGAUUUACCGCACCAAUCACUAUCGCGAGACAUUGUGCAGCGCGUAAAAGAACACGCAAACGUGGAAGUCGUGCCUUACUUGAACGCGAAACCUCAAAUUCUCAUCGGACAAGACAAUUGGGCUCUAUUACAUCCUAAAGAAGCCCGAGCACUAGGCAAAAGCGGCAUUGUAGUCUCGCGCACAGCUUUAGGUUGGACAAUCCACGGGUACAUGAAGUCAGAUCGUGAAUCGAAAAACACGAUAAACGCUCACACAGUCUGCUGCAGCGGUAAACAGCAAAGCGAUUCCGAACUGCAAAUUCUUGAAAGGUUAGAUAAACGGGUACAAGAGUAUUACGAUAUUGAGAGUCUCGGGGUGAGAGUGACUGCAAAUAAAAGCAGCACCCACGAUAGAGCAUUAGCAAUUUUAGAAUCAACAUCGCGGAAGAUUGGCGCAGAAUGGGAGACGGGCCUGUUGUGGGAGCCGGGUUUGAUGCCGAACAUCGACAGCAGAGUCACUGCCAUGAAACGUCUUCGGUCAUUAGAAAAGAAAUUAGAUAGGAAUCCGGAUUUCGCAGCACGUUAUUACAAAGAAAUGGGGCGUUUAAUCGAAAACGGAUAUGCCGUGAAACUGGAAAACGAGGCGCGGAGGCCGCGAGUCUGGUAUAUACCUCACUUCGGCGUAGAAAAUGUGAAUAAACCCGAUAAGGUUAGAUUAGUUUUUGACGCGGCUGCUAAAACGGGGGGAGUCUCAUUAAACGAUCUGCUUGAAACAGGACCCAAUUAUUUAGAAUCACUUCCUGGAGUUCUCUUACGCUUGAGACAGUUCGAAGUUGCCGUUGUAGCCGACAUCAAGGAUAUGUACAUGCGUAUCAAAAUGUUGGAGCGGGAUCGCGGCGCGCAACGAUUUCUCUGGCGAGGUGCUGAUCGCGAACGCGAGCCGGAAGUGUACGAAAACAUGAGUUUAGUUUUUGGUGCGACCUCCUCACCAUGCAGCGCUAUUUAUAUUAAAAAUAAAAAUGCGGAGAGAUUUGCCGAGACGCUGCCUGAGGCCGUGCGAAGUAUCGUCAAAAAUAGUUAUAUGGAUGACUAUCUAGCGUCAGGAAAGUCAAUAGAGGAAAUGAAAACUCGCGUGCGAAACGUCAUACAUAUUAAUAGCGAAGCAAAUUUUAAAAUGCAUGGGUGGGCGUCAAACGAACCGCAAGUAGUGCAGGACGUGCGAGACGAGCAGAAAUUAAGUAAGAACGAUCCGGCGAGCCUUUGCGAUACAAACGAGCGAGUCUUAGGCCUAUACUGGGAUAGGAAUGAAGAUACCUUAAGCUUCAACGUCGGUCUCAACAAAAUUCGAGCGGAUUUAGCGAAUGGAAUUAAGCCGCCGACGAAGCGCGAAUUUUUUAGCAUCGCGAUGUCGGUUUACGACCCACUUGGUAUACUUGCCCCUUUCACCCUCCAAUCGAAACUUAUUAUGCAGGAUAUUUGGCGUAGUGGCAUAAAAUGGGACGGGCCGAUCCGCGAAAAAGAAUUUAAAAUUUGGCUCGUGUGGUUAAAAAAUUUAGCGGAAAUGAAAAAUGUUAAAAUACCGCGUUGCUUUCUUUUCUCUGACUUUGAUAACGUAAAAGUGCAGCUGCAUAUUUUUUGUGACGCGAGUUUAAAAUCUUACGCUACCGUAGCCUAUCUAAGAAUGGAGACGCGCGAUGGCCGAGUUCGUACCGCGCUAAUUAUGUCAAAAUCACGCGUCUCCCCAGUUAAACCGAUGUCAGUGCCCAGGUUAGAGUUACAGGCAGCCGUAAUUGGAACGAGAUUAGCCGCAAUGACCGAGAAAGAGAUCGAAAUCACUAUUCAUGAACGCGUGUUUUGGACCGACUCCACGACAGUUCUCCAUUGGAUUCGCGCAGACCCUUCCCGAAAACAAAUGUUCGUUGCUAAUAGAUUGGGCGAGAUUGGCGAAGCGACGAAAGUUGCCGAAUGGCGCUGGGUCUCUACUAGUCUGAACCCAGCUGAUGACGCGACGCGACCCUCGGAAGUACCGAUGCAUUCGGACGAUCGGUGGUUAGUAGGCCCAAUGUUCCUUCUCGAGAAGCCUGAGUCCUGGCCUCGUUCCAAAUCGCUAAACGAGUCGGAGAAACGGGAGAUCAACGAGUUAGAAGCGCGUAAGGAAUUUAUCGGAACGUUUCAAAUCGAUAUGCCAGACAAUUGGAAUACGUUAGAUGUUAGAUAUAGAGUGCUCGGGUGGGAUAGAAUUAGAGAGGUAGCAACGGUCGUGCGAAAAUAUUUUUAUAUUUGGCUCGACAAUGUACGGAAGCGACAGGGAGAAAAUACAACAGAUCGCGCAACGCGAUAUAGACGUCGACAUCGAGAGAAAUCAAAGUUGAAAAGGCCGAUAGGUCCGCCGGCGCACCGAAGAAUCGAGUCCGAGGAAGAUCGUCUGCGUGAGUCUGAAAAUGUUUGGUUUCGAGUUAUCCAAGCCUCACUCUUCUCGCACGAAAUGACCUUAUUGGAAAAAGGGAAAGAGCUCCCACGAGAGAGCAAAUUAAUUAGUUUAGAUCCAAUUGUUGACGAAAAAGGAUUACUGCGUGCUCGCGGACGCGUAGUACAAGUAGAGAACGAUAACGGCGAGGACGUCGAUAUCGAAAUGAAUCCGAUUAUUUUAGACGCCAGUCAUUUCGCAACGCGAUUAAUCAUUAAAAACUACCAUGAACGAUAUUACUACGCUAAUAAUCAAACGGUCAUUAACGAAUUGCGCCAAAGAUUUUAUAUUAUCGGACUUCGAAGCAGGCUAAGAUGGCUAGCCAAACGUUGUUUUGUCUGUCGCAAGCGCCGCGCGCAACCAACAAAUCCACCGAUGGCCGCGUUGCCGAAAGCUCGCAGAGCCUAUAAACAACGACCCUUCACACACUGCGGUAUUGACUACUUCGGCCCAAUUACGUUAGAAUUAGCCAACAAGCUAGACGCAAGCUCGUGUAUGAUGGCCGUCGAUCGAUUUGCUCAUAGGCGAGGCUUUCCGAGACAUCUGUACAGCGAUAACGGUACCAACUUCGUUCAGGCAAACAAGGAGUUUAAAGCCGCGUACGCAGCGAUGAAUGAGGAAAAAACAAAGCAGCGACGUUACGCGAAAAAGCAUGAGUUCGAGUGGCAUUUUAACCCUCCUAAUGCUCCUCACAUGGGGGGAGCAUGGGAGCGGUUAAUACGCUCCGUGAAAACCGCAUUAGAACAUACGCUCGACGGACAAACUCCCUCAGAAGAAGUCUUGCAAACCCUGUUAGUAGAGAUCGAGCAUCAGGUAAACUCGCGACCGCUUACAUACGUAUCAAUCGACCCGCGGGACGAGGAAGCACUUACACCUAAUCAUUUUUUGAUAGGAAGUUCAUCCGGACACUUGCGUUUAGAGAAAUUCGAAAAUGAAAUAGACAGUCCCCGUAAAGCCUUUGAAACAGCGCAAAACUUAGCAAAUCGUUUUUGGACAAGGUGGCUACGCGAAUAUUUGCAGUCUCUGCUCCCGCGAACCAAAUGGCGCACCCCCGUCGAACCAUUGAAAAUCGGUGAUAUCGUGCUCAUUGUCGAUUACCAAGCACCUCGCAACUCGUGGCUACAAGGUCGAGUCAUUGAAGUCUAUCCGAACCAGUCUGAUGACGUGAUACGAGUGGUUAAAGUCCGCGCCGGAAAAAAGGAAUUAAUAAGAUCGGCGAACAAACUGGUAAAAAUAUUCAGCCCAUCAGAGAAGUCUAGAAAUUAA